AUGGUUGAAGCUUUAGGUCGGAUGAUUAAAUCUCUUCACCGUGAUGGUCGUUGGUUGGGUGUCAAUGUGGCUACAGGAGUUGAACAUUCAACCCACUUGCAAUUUUCUGAUGAUACUAUUCUUUUUGGAGCCUCUAGCAGAAGAGAGGCAAGGAUUAUAAAUGCAUGCCUGAAUGACUAUUGCAAGGCAUUGGGGCAAAAAAUCAAUUGGAACAAGUCAGAAGUUUUCUUUAUCAACAUGAUGUCGAAUAUGCAAGUUGUCCUAUCAAGAAUCCUCAAUUUAAGAGUGGCAAACUUUCCAGGUAAAUUCCUUGGGACUCCUCUUUUUAGUGGUCAUAAUAAGACUUGCUAUUGGACACAUCUUAUUGAGAAAUGUAAAGCUAGGCUUGAAAAUUGGAAAGGGGAGUGGUUAUCAUCUAUCGGUAAGCUUACUAUGAUAAAAUCAGUCCUCUCUGCCAUACUGGUUUUCUCCAUGGCUUGCAUGAAGCUACCAGUUGCCAUGGAAGAUGAGUUAAUUACUAUAAUGAAAAUUUUCCUUUGGAAUGGAUCGAAUGACAAAGGGAAUUUUCCACUUAUUUCCUGGGGAAAAAUAAGCCAACCAAAAAAUGCUAGGGGUGCUAGCAUUCGACAAAUUUCUAUUAUGAAUUUGGCUAUGGGAGCAAAAUUGGUGUGGGAAAUUUGUAGAGGCGGUAAUCAGAAGUAG